GGAAGGGGGGGGGGCGGGCGCGCCCGGCUCGCUGACGAGGCUGCCUAACCCCGCCGGUGACCGCCAAGGGCUGCCGAGGGAGGGAGCCGAGCGCCGCGGCCCCGGCCCCGCGGUCCGCCCCCGCCGCCGUGUCCGCCAAUAGGAUGCCGCCGCGGGAGGGAGAGUGACGGGCCACCAGGCACCAUGGCCCCGUGCCCCCGCUGACGCCGACCCCACCACCUCGGGGUGCUCCCACCCAUCGUCCCCCCGCCACCACCACCGCCGCCGCCGCCAUGGGUGACUCCUACACGGCCGCCUUCCCCAGCGCCCCGGGGCUGCUCUCGCCCUCGGCCAGCCCCCAGGCAUCGCCCGGUCCCUACGGCCCCGACUACGGCCCCUUCGGCCACCCCUUCCCGGCACCCACCGGCGCCCAGGAGGUGCUGGGUGCCCCCGUGGUGGUGACGGCCAAGGGACACCCACCGGGCGACUGCCUGCCGGGCGUCUACCCCUCGCUGGAGAUGCCGCAUCCCUACGGCUCCUGGUACAAGGGCGGCAUCGGCGGGGGGCUGCCGGGGGGCUCGGGGCCGGCAGCACCCUCCUGGUGGGACGUGCACCCUAACGGGGGCUGGCUGGGGGGGCCGGCGGGCGCCGAGGGGCUGCAGGGCUCGCUGCAGGGCCAGCCCACCCUCAGCCCCCCGCUUCCCACUUACGGCUCCGAUUUCGGGGCUCUCAACCCCCCCCCCUACACCAGUAACCCCGCCGCGCCCCCCACCCCUAAAACCAACCCGGGCGAAACCCCUAAGGGACCACGCGGCGGUUCGUUAGGGGGUCGUCCGGCCUGCGAUUGUCCUAAUUGCCAAGAGUUGGAGCGUUUGGGGGGUCCGGGAGGAUCCCGACGGAAGCCGGUUCAUAGCUGCCACAUUCCGGGAUGCGGGAAGGUGUACGGCAAAGCAUCCCACCUGAAGGCCCACCUGCGCUGGCACACGGGCGAGCGUCCCUUCGUCUGCAACUGGCUUUUCUGCGGCAAACGGUUCACCCGUUCCGACGAGCUGGAACGGCACGUCCGUACCCACACGCGGGAGAAAAAAUUCACGUGUCUCCUUUGCAGCAAGCGUUUUACCCGUAGCGAUCAUCUCAGCAAGCAUCAGAAGACCCACGCUGAAGCCGGACCCCCCAAACCCCCCCCCGGCACUGGUGGGGAGCAGCCCCCCGCUUCUCCUCGGCAGCCUCCGGCUUCUCCCGGUAAAGAUGCCGGUAGUCCCGAGGCCGGCAGUUUGUUGGAGAUUUGAGCCUUCGUCCUCCAUCCUCAUCCUCCUCUGCGCCGCUGGGGAUAUUUAUUACGGGGUGCUGCCCCCCCCCCCCCCAAAACCCUGCAUCCCCCCCCACCCUGGGGCUGGUGGCAGCUCCUCGUUAGCAAUUAUAAUUUAUGUCUUAAAUUAUGGGCGGGGGGUCUCCGAGCACUCUAAGGCUCACUGGGGGGGGUGUUAAGGUGAGACCCCCCCUCUUUCUCCCCCCCCCCCAACUUCUUGCCCCCAAAACCUCACCGGCCGCCUCGCACCCCCGCACAGAGCUCAGGGACAGGGUUCGCCCCUUCUCCUCCGCCUCCGGCCUCGUUAGCACGCCAAGUUCGUUAGGCACUAAUGUAACGGACCCCCCUCUCCUUUUUCCUGGCUGCCCCCCCCCCCAAAGCAAUAAAGGGAUUGCUAAGG